GGAUCAACCCAACCGAGUCUCGGCGCCGUCGGUGUUUUCCGAUGGCUGGUGCAGCACUUGCGCAGAAGGGCGAACUGCACGUCCUUCUGGUGAGACAUGGUGAGAGUAGCAACAACCCAUUGAUGGCUGAGAUAUUUGGGCCAGUGGCCGGUGAGGCCCCAGGUUCUGCGACGCGGAAGUUGGCAGAGCAGCGCUGGCUGCGGGAGCGGAGCACGGAUCCAGGGCUGACGCAACGAGGACUUCGGGAAGCAGAGCAUUUGGCGGCCAGCUGCCAGCAAAUGCUUCCAUCCUCAGUGAAGAUCUUCGUGUCGCCAUUCCUGCGCACGCUACAAACUGCGGCACCAUUGGCCAACGCAUUAAAGUCCAAGGUCGUGGUACAUCCCUUGCUUUACGAGGUCGGUGGCGUCUACGUGGAGUCGGAAGGACAGCGGCACGGGCCCGGGGCGUGCUUGAGCCCCUCGGACAUGGAACGCGACUUCCCUGACUUUGACAUCAGCCGUCUACCUGGACCUUCCCACCGAGGCUGGUACCAGGGCGGUUGGGAGACCGAUGCUGCGGCGCGGCAGCGGUGUCAGCAACUCCUUUCUUGGCUCCAAAGUUUGCGGGAGGAACAGCAAAAUUCAUGGGCCGUGCUGGUCAUCCAUGGCCAUUUGAUCGAUUUGCUUCUGAAAGCACUUCUUGGAAUCGUGGAUGACCCAGAGGGAGAUCUGGAGAAUGAGAAUGUCAUGGAGCGACGAGUGGUCUUCUUCACUCCAAACUGCGCCACGGCACAUGUGAGCCUCCGGCCGGAUGGCAGUGUGGCAGUUCGUCACAUCGCCCGCGCAGCAAAUCUCUGAGUGUCCA